AUGGCUCCACUACGAGCUGGCCGAACGGCCGUCGGGGACGGACCAGUGCAGACGCAAACCGUUUCGCAGGUUCCUGCAGGUACCGGUGGUAUGUACGAUCCGUUCUGCUGGAGCAUCGGAACCAACGGUAGCGUCGGUGUCGGUGGAGACUCCGAUCAUGGGUUUGAGUCCUGCCAGUCGGGAGAUGGAUCCGGUUCGGAAGGUGCCGGUAUGGUGCGGUGUUGCGUACCGAUCGGUGGUGAAUGCCUGAAACCACUCGGAGGACAUCCACUGUCGGAGUUGGGCGCUAUGAUCAAUCUGGAGGACUUGCGUGGAUGUGUGCGUGUGCUGUGUAGCAAUGAGACCUGCACCGCUGGCCAGUACAUGCACCGGGAGUGUUUCGAGCGGUUCGAGGACGAAGUGCUCGGGUAUCUUAAGUCUACCGGGCGUGCUAGGUCCUGGUCGGAUAAGCAGCGCCAGCAGAACCUCUGGACGAAGAAGGGUUACGAGCUGGUGCACAAAGUGUGCGGUUGUCGGUGUGGUCGAGGCCAUCUUAAAAAGGACCUCGAUUGGAAUCCGCCCACCACGGCUAGUUUGUUUGGGCGAGCUCUUGUUGGCACUGGAGGUGGUGGUGGAUUCGAAGGUGGUCCCAUUGGGCAUGGACUAGGACCUCAGACAGGUGAGGAGGAGAAUGCUAAGAAGCAGAAAAAGAAGAAAAACCGCCACAACCAAAAGCUGGCCAUUUCGACGACGGCAAGCAGCAGCGCCAAUAGUAGCGCCACGAGCAGCCCCAACAACAACCAUCAUCAUGCGAACCAACAACAACAGCAGCAGCAGCAGCAGCAGCAGCAGUUGCAGGUGCUUCAGCAGCAACACCAUCAGCUGCUGGCUUCCCAAGGUCAACAGCAACAGCCACAGGGUGACGAGUUGAUGGCGAUCAUGAGCAAAAUCCGCUUAACGUUGGCGACUCCAGUACGCCGCAGUAAUCCACCCGGGUUCGGAUUGAUCUCCGGUGGAGCUGGUGCCGGUGUUGGUGGCCAUCACUUCCAGCAACACCAUCAGCAACACCAGCAACAGCAACAGUCGCUGCUAAGCACUGGCACGGGAAUUGCCGCCAGCAUGGGAACUGGAAUGAAUGCAUCGCUUCGGCUGCGUGCCAACAGCCUGUCGUCGAUUAGCAAUGGGUCAUGUACACCACCGGCCUCUGCGUCGUCGAUUGGAGGCUCGGAACAGUCGGUUUCGCCUAUCCAUCAUCAGGCUCCGAGCCCAGCCAGCAUCGCUAAGCUGCCGUUGACGCCCCGUUCGAAGGUGGAGCUGUAUUCUGAGCGAGUUCGAGCCACAUCCGGUGCCAACGGGAUCUUCUCGCGUCGUUUGGACUUCUCGUCGUUCAACGUGCUGCCACGACAGCGGAUAAAUUCCUACUCGAUUAAGAUCGAAGAUGAAGGCAACCACGGUAACGAUGAAACGCGUCUCUUCAUUUUGUCCUCGUUGGCCGCGCAGCAUAAGAGCCGUGUCGCCUGUGUGCUGUGUGACGAACCGAUGCUAGUCUUCGACCGCUACCCGUUGGUCGACGGAACGUUCUUUCUUAGCCCGAAGCAGCACACCAAAGGAUGCAUUGAGGUGAAGUACGAGAGCCGUACCCAAUAUCUGACAUCCGUCUGCAUGGCGUGUCUGGAAGGCGUCGAGCCAAACCGUGCCGUUCGAUGCAGAUUCUGUGUGAAGAAAUGGGACGGUUCAUCGCUCGUGCUUGGAACGAUGUACUCGUACGACAUUUUCGCUGCAAUGCCGUGCUGCACCGAACGAUUGAAGUGCAACAACUGCUUCAAGUUGAUGUUGUCACCGCACCAGCGGCUGAACUUCUACAGCGACUACAGCCACAGCGUGUCGUGUCCGUACUGCUCGGUUCAGGACACGCACUUUGUGAAGCCGCUGUCCUACUGCUACACCAAGCAGCCCAUGCAGUUCUUCCAGCAGUGGCCAUAA